AAAAAUUCGGGAAAAAAAAUAUAGUGAUGAUGUAAUAAAUGAUAUGUAUGCACUUAUUACUGCCGAAUCAAAAGAUAAAGUUAAACAAAUAUUUGAAAAGAUUCAAAUGGCCGAUGAAAGAUGUAAAUUGGACAAGGAACGGUUUACUUCAAUUAAUAUACAUCAAAAAUAUAAUGUAUCUAAUCGGGAACGUGAUAAAGGGCCAGUUACUCAUAAUGUUCAGUCUAAUAAACGUAAAGCUAAAGCACAAACCAAAAAAUCUACAAAAUGUAAAUAUACAAGUUCCGGUAAAAAGAAACCUGCUAAAGUUAUUAUGAUUCAUUCUGAUGAUUCUGAGAAUGAUUAUUUGGCUUUAAAAGAACGGGAAUUCACUUUAAGGGAACGAGAAGCUAAAAUUUGCGUAAUGGAAUUAAAUAAUCUGGUAAAGAAGCAUGAAUUAGAAUUAAUUAGAAAAUGA